GAGAGAGAGAUAGAGACCGGGGCCAAGAGAGAGAGAGAGAGACAGAGAGACAGAGACCGGGGCCAAGAGAGAGAGACUGGGAGAGACCGAGGUCGAGACAGAGAGACAGAGACCGGGGCCAAGAGAGAGAGAGACCGGGGUCGAGACAGAGAGAGAGAGAGAGACCGGGGCCAAGAGAGAGAGAGAGAGACCGGGGCCAAGAGAGAGAGACUGGGGUCGAGACAGAGAGAGAGAGAGAGACCGGGGCCAAGAGAGAGAGAGAGAGACCGGGAGAGACCGGGGCCAAGAGAGAGAGAGAGAGACCGGGGCCAAGAGAGAGAGACCGGGGUCGAGACAGAGAGAGAGAGAGAGAGAGACCGGGGCCAAGAGAGAGAGACCGGGGUCGAGAGAGAGAGAGAGAGAGAGACCGGGGUCGAGAGAGAGAGAGAGAGAGAGAGAGAGAGACAGAGACCGGGGCCAAGAGAGAGAGAGAGAGACAGAGAGACAGAGACCGGGAAAGAGAGAGAGAGAGACCGGGGUCGAGAGAGAGAGAGAGAGACCGGGGUCGAGACAGAGAGAGAGAGAGAGAGAGACCGGGGCCAAGAGAGAGAGACAGAGAGACAGAGACCGGGGCCAAGAGAAAGAGAGAGAGAGAGACCGGGGUCGAGAGAGAGAGAGAGAGACCGGGGUCGAGACAGAGAGAGAGAGAGACAGAGACCGGGGCCAAGAGAGAGAGAGAGAGAGAGACCGGGGUCGAGACAGAGAGAGAGACCGGGGCCAAGAGAGAGAGACCAGGGUCGAGAGAGAGAGAGAGAGAGAGAGACCAGGGCCAAGAGAGAGAGAGAGAGAGACCGGGGUCGAGACAGAGAGAGAGAGAGAGAGACCAGGGCCAAGAGAGAGAGAGAGAGAGACCGGGGUCGAGAGAGAGAGACCGGGGUAUCGGGGUGA